UUAAAUUAUUAUAUUUGUGCUUGUACGUCUUAUCUCAAUGUGCUUUGAAUGCGCAUUUUAGACAAGAUUUUUUGACAUAUUGCAAGUGAGAGACCAUCACAAUAUGUAGGGAAUUCCUACAAUGCCUUGAAGUAAGGUAAUUUGAUUUUUUUGUUCUGCUAUAGCAGGUUUCACAGGUUGCAUUACAUAAAACCCAAUAGGUAUUACAUAAUGAUUACGUGACGUAUUUAUAGCUUACGUAACAGUUGUAAAAUAUAAUUUCAGAAGUCUUACGUAAUGAAGAAUUCUUUUACAUAAUGAAUAUUUAUCUCGCGUUACGUAAAGUGAUAAGUAAUUACGGAAGGCUUACGUAAUGAUUCUAAUUUAACUGUUACGUAAGAAAUUACUGUUAUUACGGAAGCCUUAUGUAAUGAAGGGUCCUUUUAUGUAUUGAAUAUUAACCCUCUGUUACGUAAAGUGCUGAGGCAUUAUGGAAGCCUUACGUAACGCUUCUGAUUUAACUGUUACAUAAGAGAUAACUGUCAUUACGGAAGGCUGACGUAAUGGAUGUGUAUUUUACAUAGCAGUUGUAAAAUGUCAUUACGGAAGCCUUACGUAAUUGAGGCUUCUUUUCCGUAAUGAAUAUUAACCUUGUGUUACGUAAAGUGUGAAGGCAUUACGUAAGCCUUACGUGACGCUUCUGAUUUAACUAUUGCGUAAGAAACAAUUGUCAUUACGGAAGACUUACGUAAUGGAUGUGUAUUUUACGUUAUAGCUGUAAAAUGUCAUUACGGAAGCCUUACGUAAUUGAGGCUUCUUUUUCGUAAUGAAUAUUAACCUUGCGUUACGUAAAGUGUGAUAUCAUUACGGAAGCCUUACGUAACGCUUCUGAUUUAAUUAUUACGUAAGAAACAAUGGUCAUUACGGAAGCAUUACGUAAUAGAUGUGUAUUUUAUGUAACAAUUGUAAAAUGUCAUCACGAAAGUCUUACGUAAUUGAGACUUCUUUUACGUAAUGGAUAUUAACUGAUCACGUUGAGCUCAUUAUGUAAAGUAUUUAAUUCGAGUCUUCCACAAUAUUUUCGGUAUAAAACUAUCAUAAAAAAUUAUGAAGAUAAAAUAAAAAAAAAUUAAAUACACACAAUUGGGUAAAAUCAACCAGAGCACCUAAGGUAAAAAAUUAAGAAAUUGUUCAACGGAAAAACAAAAUGGAAAGAGAAAGGAAAAAAAAGGAAAGUAUUCAUAAAAAAAAUAGGAAAGAAAAAAUAAAGGUAACGGGAAAGUAACUGGGAUAAAUUCCCUAAAUAUUGUUUUUUAUUUAAUUUACCACGAAUAUAGUGGUUUAAAAAUUAUUUACAAGAAUAUUGUGUUUUUUGGUAUGUUUAAAGCGCUAAAGCCUUAGACUCAGGCGCGGCCGGUAGGUGCUGUUUUUUCAAGAAAAUCCAGCGGCGGCGCCCGAGACUGGGGCUUUUGGCCUUUAAAAAUUGUGAAAGCGGCGCCGCCCCAGACUGGGGCUUUGUCUCUUAAAAAUAAGUAAAAGCGGCGCCGUCCCAGACAGGGGUUUUGUCGCUGCCUUUUUCUUCCACUCCAGCACCACCCAUCACCAUCUAUACUACACCUUUCCUUCGGUUCUUCACCACCAAAAAACUGAAAGAAGUUAUUCAUAAAAAAAAAACUGAAAGAAGUUCCGAAAGAAGCUCUAGUGUUGCUGUCUGGUUGCUGGGAAGAUGGCUAAUAAUAGGUAAGAGUCGUAUUUAUUUUUUUCAUGUAUUCAUCAUAAUGUUUUUGUCCAGUUAGUAAUUAGUGAGUUUGUUUUUUAUGUAGUGGUUUUAGAAGAUUUGAACUAGCUGUUCGGUGGAAAUCAGAGAAAGUAGAGGACAAUUUGGGUGUCCAUUUUGUUGGUGGUGUAAGUUUUCAGAUGGCUAUUCCAUCCAGGGUGAACUAUAAGAAACUUUGUGAUAAUCUAAUUCGGACUGUCUUCCAGAAUGGCAGAAUGGUGUUUUAUUUCAUUAUGCAAUGCCUAUUGUCGAUAAUGAUAGCUUAAAUGUGCAUUGGAAUUUUAUGGCACAAAAUCCUUAUUGUUUGGGUGCUGAGAUACAUGCUGAGCUUAGUAAGGAUCGGGGUGGAGAGGAAGAAGAUGACACAUGGAGCAUGCCAUCCGAUCAUGACUAUGAUGACGGUGAUGACGGGGAGGAGGAAGACGAUGAUGAUGAUGAUGAUGAGGAGGAGGAGGAGGAGGACGACGACAGGGAGGGAGGAGAACAACCUAAUUAUCCUCCAUAUUUUUACUUGCAGGGUAAUGAAGAGGACGAGGAAUUAUCAUAUGCUGAUUCAUAUGGCGUAAUUCCAGAGUCUAUUGUUGGUGGUUUUGAUGGAGAAUUCUACAAGGGGCAAAUAUUUCACUCGAAACAAGCUGCACAGGUGGCGAUUAAACACUAUGCACUACUACAAUGAAACUUUCAGUAUAAUGUGGUGGAGUCGUCACCUUCAAUCUGGAAGAUCAGAUGUUUGAUGCACAAGGAGGACAAAUGUCCUUGGAUGGUGCGGUUUGGAUGUCGAGAUGUGGGAGGCGAUUGGAGCGUGAGAAAGACCGAGUUGGUGCAUACUUGUAGCAGUACGACUCAACCGACGGAUCAUCGCCAUCUUGAUGUCGACGUUAUAUCUGAGUCCGUGAAACACUUGGUACGUGCUCAACCAAAUUUGAGUGUUCUAAUUGUGCAGGCCGAGUUGAAAGAUAAGUUUAUUAUGCAAGUUACUUACAAGAAGGCUUGGUAUGGGAAACAAAGAGCAUUGGAGAAG